GGGGCAGGGAAGCGGCAGAAAGGCUUUGUGGGAUUGAGGAGACGCAGGGUCUUUUUGGGAGAGACUCAGGUUUUAUUUCUGCACCUCAUUUGUAGCUGCGAGAUGAGAGGGAGGUGAAAGAAGGCAAAAUGCAGGAGCAGCAGGAUUCUCAGAGCAGAACCCCUGGGGGUCUGUUAAAGGCUCAUCCGGCUCUCAAGGCCUUCAUGUGCGGCUCGCUCAGCGGCACCUGCUCCACGCUGCUCUUCCAGCCUUUGGAUCUGGUCAAGACUCGACUGCAGACGCUUCAGAACAACGCCAAGCCAGGAGCUCCCAAGGUGGGGAUGUUACGGGUUUUCAUUCACGUUAUCAGGACGGAGAAUUUCUUCAGUUUGUGGAAGGGAGUCUCACCGUCGUUUGUUCGCUGUAUCCCCGGCGUGGGGAUCUAUUUCAGCACCUUCUACUCUCUGAAGCAGCACUUCUUCCUGGACCGAGCGCCGAACGCCGGCGAGGCCGUUCUGCUCGGAGCCGGAGCCAGAACUGUGGCGGGAAUCUGCAUGCUGCCGUUCACCGUCAUCAAGACGCGUUUUGAGAGUGGUUUCUAUAACUAUGCGAGUGUUCCUGGGGCCCUGAGGAGCAUGUACGAGACGGAGGGAGUCAGAUCGCUGUUCUCUGGGCUGACUGCUACGCUGCUCCGCGACGCUCCCUUCUCCGGCAUCUACGUCAUGUUUUACAGCCAGGCCAAGCGAGCGCUGCCUCAGGAGGUGACAUCAGCGCCGUACGCCCCACUGGUGAACUUCGGCUGUGGGGUGGUGGCAGGCGUCAUGGCUUCUCUGGCCACACAGCCUGCAGAUGUGGUGAAGACUCACAUUCAAGUCAGCCCGUCCCACUGGAGCACGGCUGAUGCUGUUCGCUACAUCUAUAAGGAUAAGGGCAUUUCCGGAUUUUUCCGCGGGGCAGUGCCGAGGUCUCUCCGCCGCACUCUGAUGGCUGCCAUGGCUUGGACCGUGUACGAACAGCUCAUGGCUCGAAUGGGCCUCAAGUCCUGAAGAGCAGCUGAUGGGGGAGGGAAAAAAAACCAAC